ACCAAAACAAAGCAAAAGAGCUCUCUAUCUCUCUCAAAAGACAAAAAUCAAUCAAACCCACCAAACCCUGAUCUAUCUUGGUUCUAAAACGCCGCAUUAUUUGGUCCAAAAAGAUUUAGGCUUUCUUUCUUCUUCAACUCACUCUCACAGAGACCGAGAACAGGGCAUCAUUGGAGUUUUCAUGGUUUAACGUGAUCUGGCUAUGGAAUCUUCAAAGAAGAGGAAGAGUAGAGGUGAUGGAGUGUCUGUGGCUGAGACAUUGGCCAAGUGGAGAGACCAUAAUGCUCAGGUUGAGUCUUCGGCCAAACGCGCACGUAAACUUCCAGCUAUGGGGUCGAAGAAGGGAUGCAUGAAAGGAAAAGGAGGACCUGAGAAUGCACUCUGCAAUUACAGAGGGGUUAGGCAAAGGACUUGGGGCAAAUGGGUUGCGGAGAUUCGUGAGCCUAACAGAGGAAAGAGGCUUUGGCUUGGCACAUUCGAUAAUGCUGUUGAGGCCGCUUCUGCUUACGAUGAAGCUGCUAGGGUGAUGUAUGGUGCCUAUGCGCGACUCAACUUCCCGGAAGAGUCUGUUUCCACUAUAUCUGGCCCUACUCCUGUGGAAUCUGAGGCUUCUGCUGUUAAGUCUACUGCCAUGGCUAGUACAAGUGAGUCUACUGCCAUGCCAGCUACAAGUACUUUGGUGCAGGAUGAGUCUGGUGCAACGAGCUACUCUAAGGAUAGUGGACUGGACCAAUUUCUGGAUUGUUCUGAAAACGAACUUUUUAACGUGCAAGAACUUAUGGCACUAUUAGACAGUGAUCCUCAUGGCUUCACAGAAUCAGAACUGGGUUUUGAUUAUUAUGGUGAUCAAUUCGGAAUGCCGUACAAGUAGUUUGGGGGAGAGGAUGAGCUUAAUUGGACGUGCUUACUUGCUGGGUUAUUCUAUUGACUCUGCAGAUUGUCUUUGUAACAUGCAAAAAGUAGCCAC